UUUUAAUGAAUUACUCUCCUUUUCUUCCUAGAUGCAUCUGACACUUCCCCUGCUGUUUUUAUUUGCGCCACUAGGGGGCGACGCAUCCCCAAUCAGCUGCUACAACGACCAGGGUGAAGCUGUUGACUGGUUUUACCUCUACAAACUGCCUAAAGAGAGGGGACAAAAAUAUAAGCAUGGGGGUGAUACAUAUUUAUUGCUGGACAAAGGGAGUGAAGGAUGGACUGAGGGGAAGGUGACGGUGAACGACACCACGGGAGCUUUGGGGCGGACGGUCGGACAGCUGUACCCGCAGGAAAAGAAUUCAGAGCUAGCGUACAUCCUUUACAAUGACCAGAAACCUGUUGGGCAGUUUGGUGACCGAUGGACUGAAAGCAGCGGAAACGGAAGAGGGCACACCAAAGGCAUGGUUCUGCUGGAUAAGAAUCAGGGCUUCUGGUUGGUCCACAGCACCCCUCACUUCCCCCCUGAGCAACGGGAAGGAGUGUUUUAUUACCCAGGCAGCGGAGUGAACAACGGCCAGAACUUCAUCUGCGUGACCUACCCGCUAAAACGUUUCCAGACAAUCGGAGAGCAGCUGCAGAUCAAUCAACCGAACGUGUACGACUGCGACGUCCCUGAGUCCUUUGCGUCCUUGGUGCCUGCUCUGGCUGCAGUCUGCAACAAAAACCUUCCGUCCUCUCAGAGUUUUUCACCCGUGAAAACUGCAUCCAACCGCAGCGUGACUCUGACCUCAAAAGGCGGCACCAACUUCAUCAGCUUCGCCAAAGGAGCAAAGUUUGACGACGACCUCUACCACUCCUGGGUGGCGCCCGCCCUCAGGUCCGACCUCCUGGUUCAGUUCUGGGUCCGCUCCACAGGGAUCCUCCCCUCGAACUGCUCGCUGGGCUGGAAGGUCCUGGACAUCAAACUCAUCAACCCGGGGCAGACGUUCCCUUUCAAGGCCACCCAGGACCACUCUAAGUGGGCCGUCAGCCCGAAGGCAGCGUCGGGCGGGUCACGGGGAGGAGGGGGAGGCUGGGUGUGCGUGGGAGACAUAAACAGGAAUGAGGCAGAGGAGCGGCGGGGAGGGGGGACGGUGUGUCUUCAGGAUCCGGUGGUGUGGAAGGCGUACCGGAGCGCAGCGCUGCAGUGUGAGGCCUGCGGAGGGGGAACGGUCCAGUGUUGACUCGCUGCAGGACGCAGGAGAGUCGACUGAGCUCCUGAAGGGGGGGUGAG